GCUGUUUGCAUCCCCAGAGGCGAAGAGAUGGGUUAGGCUGAACAUUCCACUGCCUAGCAAAAGAAAAAGCGAAACAGCGGCAGAGUCAGUCUCCAGAAGUUCUGAGACAGACUGACUGACGACUUCUCCUCCUGCUUCUGAUUGUAUUCCUGUCCCAAAGGAGGGAUGUAUUUUUCACAGCUAGUUGUUGCGUAGCUGAGUAGUUCUCCAGUCAUGAAGAUGCUUGAAAUUUUCCUUCUGUUGGAAAUUGUGGGCUCCUUUCCUGCUUUUUCAAGGCCUUCUUCACAAGUCCACUGCAGCUGGAAUCCAUUUGGUCCAUGGUCAGAAUGUGAUGGCUGUACCAAGACUCAGAUUCGUAGACGAACUAUAGGAGCUUAUGGACAGUUUGGAGGACCUCCAUGCUCAGGGGCAUCAUUUGAAACUCGUCCGUGUGUUCCUACAAGAGGGUGCCCCACAGAAGAAGGCUGCGGUGAUCGUUUUAGGUGUUCAUCAGGACAGUGCAUCAGCAAGCACUUGGUGUGCAACGGAGACCAUGACUGUGAGGAGGAUGGUGCUGAUGAAGACCGAUGUGAGGAAGUCAAGAUAGUGUGUGAGAACAUUAAGCCCCCUCUGAAGCCCCCUCCCAAUGUAGAGCUUACAGGAACAGGCUUUGAUGCCCUUACUGGUGAGACCAAAGCUGGAAUCAUUCACACUAAGAGUUUUGGUGGUCAGUGCAGAAAAGUGUACAGUGGUGACCAGAGAAGACCUUAUCGGCUGAGUGACAGUGUCCUUUCUUAUACAUUCCAGGUGAAAAUUCAGAAUGACUUCAGCACGGAAUUUUAUAACAGUUCCUGGGCUUAUAUGAAGUAUACCGAGACGCGUGUAACUGCAAAUGAUUUCCACAACUUUCAUCCAUCAAACUAUAAAGAAAACCAUUCAAAGAGUAACCACCUCAUAGUUAUUGAAAAUAGUGUGGAAGUUGCGCAGUUCAUCAACAAUCGGCCAGAAUUUCUAACUCUUGCUGAGCCCUUCUGGAAGGAGCUUGCUAACCUCCCGCCCUACUAUGAAUACAAUGCAUAUCGAAGAUUAAUUGAACAUUUUGGAACACACUUCCUGCAGUCUGGAUCUUUGGGAGGAUAUUACAAACUGUUGUUUCAUGUUUCUACAGAUAGUGCCAAAGCUAAAGGUGUGAGUGUAAUCGACAUGCACAAAUGCAGUUCAUCAAGCAAAAAUUUUUUAUUCGUAAAGACAAAGAAAGUAGAAUGUGAAAAAGUGGACGAACUACUCCGACAAUCUUCAGGGACCGCCAGCACUCAGAUUAAGGCGGACCCCUUUGUAGAGGGAGGGGGCCCAGGAGAAGUGUCUGGCCUAGUCUACUUGGACGUACAGAAUCCUGUGGCAAAUUCUGAACGAUAUUCCCGUUGGGCUCGGUCCGUGACCCUUUUCCCUAAAGUAAUUAAGCGGAAGCUCACACCACUGUAUGAGUUGGUGAAGGAAGUACCAUGUGCCUCAGUCAAAAGGCUACACCUGAAACACGCUAUUGAAGAAUACUUGAGUGAAAAUGAUCCCUGCAGAUGCCGCCCAUGUCAAAAUGGCGGCCAACCAGUCAUUGUAGGAACACAGUGCCUAUGUAUCUGCAAACCAUAUACGUUUGGAUCAGCUUGUGAACUAGGAACUCUUGUACAAGACCAACCAGGGGUCAUUGAUGGAAGCUGGAGCUGCUGGUCCUCUUGGAGUCCUUGUACAGCAGGAAGGAAAUCAAGGCAGCGAAGCUGUAAUAACCCAUCUCCUAGUGGUGGCGGAAGGUCCUGCAUUGGAGAAGCAGUUCAAAACCGGCAGUGUGAGGAUGAGGAGUUGCAGUAUUUCCGUUCCAUAGAGCCACACUGCUUUGACAUGUCUGCAUUUGCCACAGAGUCCUGCCCACCACCUCCACCCUUGGAAAAUGGAUAUGUUCAAGAUGCAGAUUCAUCAUAUCCUGUGGGGAAAAGCAUCAGCUACACCUGCAAUAAUGGAUAUGCUCUUGUGGGAAACCAGAUUGCUACAUGCAGUGAAGGCUUCAAGUGGACCAUGGGGCAGAUAAGAUGCCAGAAAACAGCUUGUGUCUUACCUGUGUUGGGAGGAGGACUCAUUGCAGACCCACUGAAACCCUCAUAUCAGAUUGGAGAGAAAAUACACCUGUCGUGCCCAGAUAGCAUGCAGCUGGAAGGAGCAGCUCUCCUUUUGUGUGAACCUACCCUGAGAUGGUCUCCUAAUAGCAAUGACAUUCAGUGCAGGAGAAGAGAUGUCAUUUCAGCUACUGAACCCACAAGGAUCGAAUGCCAACCAUGGGAGAAAGUUCAGGAGACUAGAUGUGUGUGUAAGAUGCCGUAUGAAUGUGGUUCUUCCUUGGAACUCUGUGCUACAGACCAAAGAACCAAGAAAAGCACAUUGCUGACAGUCUGUAAGCUACAUGCCCUGGAGUGCAUGGGCAGGCAGUACACUUUGGCUGGAAGGGAGAAUUGCAGAACUCCUGCUGCAGCUGAGAGAACUUGUGGCUCGUGUCAGAUGUGGGAGACCUGCGAUCGUCAAACCAACCGGUGCACAUGCGGAGAACCUGGAGGGUGCAGCAGUGCAGGCAUAAGCAUUUGUGUUGAUGUGGAAGGCAGCUCUGGCCACCAGACUAUGACGGAAUGUGAGGCAGCCAUUCUCAAGUGCCAGGGAUUGAGCUUCACUGUUGUUAGCAUACGUCCCUGUGGCGGACAAAGUCCCCUGGAUACACCUGUAGGAGGGCAGGUUUUACAACAUGUGGUGCAAUGAAGAAGACCAGAGAACGGGGACACAGGAAUGAUCAAAACCAGCAAACUGAGAUGAGCAUCACUCUAGAUGUGAUAUGGAGAGAGAAGUCUUGUAUAUCAAAGGACCCUUUGGAUAUGUAUCUGGGGCGUGGGGAACGCAGCCUCUCAGGGUAUAUUUCCCUAGGAGGGUGCAUUCCCCUCUCCCCAGACAUGUCAAAGAGGGGAAGGAUACUCCAUAUUAGAUGCAGGAUAGAUUACAUCCAUAUUGCAACUGUGAUCCCAAGUGUUGGCACUGCAUGUUUUCCCAAGGAAAAAGAAUGGCAAACUUUCAUUUCUACGGAAGAAAGUAAAGGAGUACAUUUGGGAAUGUUAGCAACAUAUCAGGGAUUGUGACACCUAUGUUCUUAUCUACAGGCAGCAUUUAUUCUGAGCUGUAUUAGACCUAUCCAUGGUGCUGAACUGUAACCUUUUAGUAAGCUCACCAUUAUGGAGUACCAUGGAUGGCACAUAUACAGCUGGGAAUAAGUACUGCAAUGGAUAAGCACCCCCACCACACACACGCGCGUGCACGCGCGCGCGCACACACACACACAGAGGAAUUGCCAGCCUCUCUGGUAGGAUGUUAGUCACAUGCUCUUUGCACUUGCUCAUCUCACCCAUUGAAAGUCAGAAUCCCCCUUCUAUUUCCUGGGUUUAUAUUGAAUUCUGCUUCUCGAGCACAUAAGAGCAUUUGGUCUUUAAAUCUUGGAUAAAGUCCAAUAACCUAAGGUGGAUCAUAACAGUGAUGCCACAGCUAUCUGCUUGUCUUAUUUUUUAAAGAGUUGCUGUCUUCUAAAAGAAGGAACAGAGAGAGACAGAGAAAAGCAAAGAGAAACGGUGAGGAUGGGGGAAGACAAGGGAGGCAAAGAGAAAGGGAGAGAGUUGACAGGCAGGUGAACAUCUCUAGCUUGAAUAGGAGGGCCCCGUGGUGCAGAUGAUUGUAAGACCCAGGACAAGUGGUGCUCAUGCUGUAGGGGCUGAAGGUGGUCUGCAGAAGUUGAAGACAACUCUGGUAGAGUGUGACAGCAUGUGGCCACUCAGGUACCUGGAUGCAAAGGAGGUUGGUCUCCCACACCUCUGAUGCUUGUGCAGAAGAAGGAGCUUCUUCCCCUGGCACCAGACGAGAUCAGGGUCUGCCAGGGCUGCCCCUUUAAGCCCUUUAACUCACCAGGCUGGACUGGCUGUAGGCAAUGAUGUGGCCCUUCUACAUGGCAUGCCCCUGUAUUCCACUUGCUGGGGGCCACUGGGCUCAUGUCCUGUUCCUGGGUUCCUGUUGGGACAUCCGGUUGGCCACUGUAGGAACGCAAUGCUGGAUGCGACGGGCCUUUCAUCUGAUCCAGCAGGGUUGUUCUGAAGUUCUCAUCAUGGCCUCAUCAAGUCUCAUCGGAGACUUAGCUGGAGGUCUCAGCAUGUGACGUGAUUUGAACUCUCUCUUCACAUCAGGAUGUAUAACUGACAAAGCUCCAGACGACACUGUGUAUCUUUAGUCUUCUCUGCAAUCAAGAAGGCAUAAGCAGGCCUGUUGCCAGCGUUGUGUCUACUUUUAAACUCCCCCCCCCCCCAAAGGCAUGGCCUAACCCGAGCUGCCAUUUUGAUUUCAGAGAGGGAAGUAGGAAUGUGUUUCGGUCUCUCCUGGUGAAAUGAAUGGGAGUCCCUUUGGCUAGUGUGUGCACAUUCCAAAGAAUAACAACCAAUGUGAGGAUAAUGUCUGCCAAUGGUGCAGUGGAGAGUGGAAGGGUGACCUCUGUAUAGGACUAUAAUGGGCCGAGAGGGGAUGGGAGGGCAAAGGGAAGGGAUUAUGAAUGGAAUAAGUGAGGCCUAGGCCACUUGCUGACCUGCCAAGCCAAACACAUGCAAGGAGUUAGAAAAUGCCCCGUGUUUGCUCCCUGCUUGGAACUAGCAGGCCUCUGUGCAUAUUCAGUGAGCUGCAUUUUGCUUGGUGGGUCAUUAGCUGCAUAGGCGUGCAGUAAACCAUUUAUCUCCCAUCAACUUAUCAAACAAAAGAGAGGACUGUAUCAUGCUAGACAUUUUCAGCAAUCCUGACACUCCAAGAUGACAAUAUGUAUUUCAUAUCAAUAAAUAAUGUUCUUUUAAAAAAUAAAAAUCAGCAAUACAA